AUGGAUUAUCGGGGUUCGUUACAAAACCUUGAGGGGAUUGAAGUAGUUGUCAUGGCUUCCUCCAGGGCUAUCAUCUCAGGGACUCUUAGUCCGGCAACCAUUGUCAUUUCAGCCACAACGGGCAAAAUAACUUCAAUUUCUAAGACUGUGCUCCCCGAAUCUGAAUUCUCAGGGUCUAGUACUUUGUAUAAAGAUUAUUCCCCAUGGAUUCUUAUGCCGGGCCUUGUUGAUGCGCAUGUUCACCUAAAUGAGCCUGGGCGUACGGAAUGGGAGGGCUUCUAUACAGGUACUCAAGCAGCAGCAUUUGGUGGUGUUACUACCGUCAUUGAUAUGCCGCUGAACUCUAUACCACCGACAACGACAGUCCCGUGGCUGGAGGAGAAGGUUGAAGCGGCAAAGGGCCAAUGCUGGGUGGACUAUGGGUUCUAUGGAGGACUUGUUCCAAAUAAUGCCCCCGAGCUGAAACCUCUAGUGAAGAAUAACGUGAAGGGUUUCAAGGGGUUUUUAAUUGACAGUGGUGUCGAGGAGUUCCCGGCAGUUUCAUCAGGAGAUAUCAAGUCCGCAAUGGAGAAAUUGGCAGAUGAGAAAACUGUUCUCAUGUUCCAUGCUGAAAUGGCCCAGCCAGAAGGGUCACCGGGCCCGGGGCAUGGAGGGUGCACAGCAUCCAUUGAGCCUCCAACGUCUUAUUCAACCUUUUUGUCAUCCCGGCCUCCUAAGCUUGAGACCACUGCCGUACAAGAAAUUCUAUCACUUUCUCAUGUUGCACCAAACUUACCUUUACACAUUGUGCAUCUUUCGGCUGUUGAAUCAAUCCCUUUGCUCCGCGAGGCCCGUGGUAAAGGGGCGAAGAUAACUGCAGAAACAUGUUUUCAUUACCUGUCUCUUGCAGCAGAAGAUAUCCACGACGGUGAUACGAGGUACAAGUGUUGUCCUCCAAUACGAGGAAAGGCCAAUCAAGACCAGCUUUGGGAUGAGUUACUGCGUCAUUCCUCAGACGGGGUGAUAAAAACAAUAGUAUCCGACCACUCGCCUUGCACCCCAAAUUUGAAGUUGCUUCCCAGUCACAUUCCUGGGAGCAUGGGCGAUGGAAAAUCUGGAGACUUUAUGGAAGCCUGGGGAGGUAUAUCAUCUGUGGGGCUUGGGUUGCCUAUCCUAUGGACCGAGAUACAGAGGCGAUAUAAAAGUAACCUGACUCCUGCAGGAAAGCCGUUCCUCGAAGAGGUUGCUCAGUGGUGUUGUAGCAAUACUGCUGCACAGGUAUCAUGCGAUAAAACGAAGGGCACGCUGGCUGUUGGUUACGACGGGGACGUAUGUGUUUUCGAUGAUGAGGCGGAAUGGGUGGUCGAGCCAAGCACGAUGUUAUUCAGAAACAAGUGUUCUCCUUACCAAGGCAAGACCAUGAAAGGUAUCGUACGGGAAACUUGGUUGAGGGGCCGGAAGAUAUUCUCUCGGGCUGAGGGCUUCCAUGGAGAGUGCAGCGGUGUCCGGUGCUGA